AUGGAUAGUUGGUAUGAAGUGCUCACAGCGUGUGAUCCAAGCCUAAAUGUUGUUCAAUCCAUAGCGGCCAUCGCUUUCGAUCCAUAUCAAGAACUUUUAUGGACUGGAAAUGACAAAGGUCGAGUGAUUUCUCAUUUUGGUGAUAACUUACAACGAUAUACAAGUUUUCGAUCGCAUUUAUCUCAAGUUCGCCAGUUAUUAGUCAGUGAUAGUGGUGUAAUAUCAUUAAGUCCAGAUUCUAUCAGAAUGACCAAUCGAAGAGGUUUGGUCAGGUGGACUAUGAGCAAUGAAGAUACUACAAACUUACAUUGUAUGGCUUAUACUACUAUUCCGAAUUCGGAGAUUCUGGCUGCUGGAAAACAGCAUAAUAUGCUUGUUAUCAAUGUUGCAAGAGGCUCCGUAGUUAAAAAGGUCGAAUCAGAUAAUGAAAUUGUAGUUAUGCGAAAAUCAAGACUUGUCUGUUGUGGUGCAACUUCUGGUGAAGUGAUUUUGAGGGAUCCGAACACUUUCAGAGUUGAACAUAGAAUACGUGCACACACUGGAACUAUAUCUGAUAUAGACACUAGUGGAAAUUUGCUAUUAACUUGUGGAUAUUCUGUCAGACAUGGGAGUCUUAUAAUUGAUCCUUUAGUUAAAUUAUUUGACAUUAGGGUAAUGCGCCCUCUUGCACCCAUUUCUUUCUAUUCUGGUCCCUCUUUUAUCAGAAUGCAUCCCAAACUUUCAACUACUGUUUUCGUCGUGUCUCGAACUGGACAAUUUCAUGUUUGUGACGUAGGAAAUACAUCUGAUGUUCAUUUUUAUCAGGCAAAUACUGCUAGUUAUAUAAAUGCCUUUGACCUUUCAACAUCUGGUGAAAUGCUUGCGUUUGGUGAUGGUGCUAGUAUUAUACAUCUUUGGGGUGAUAGAAAAAGUUCAAAAAUUAAUGCUUACUCCAAUAAUAUUGAAUUACCCGCUGUUGCUCCUCCAACUCCAAAUAUAUUUGUCGAACCAUUGCUUUCUGUGUGGCCUUCUAAUAUGAUGUUUGAAGUUGGAAAUCCGCCUCCAAAAAUUGAUCCUGAUAUUAUAAAUAAUAUGAAAAUGAUUGAUUUUGUUGGAUAUGCCCCAAAUCCAGGUAAUAAAAAACGAAAUCAAGUUGUUAGAUGGUCAAGGAAAAAGCAUAAAGCCGGAACUCCCAAAUUUCAUUCUGAAAAGGAAAGAGAAUUACAAUCUGGAAAAGAGUCCAAGGAGCCGACUACUUUAUUUGAUGAUGAAGCUGAAUUAGGUGCGAUUGGUACUAGAAUGCCAAAAUAUUAUAAACGGGUGGAAAUUAAAUAUAGUAGAUUUGGCAUUGAUGACUUUGAUUUUGAGUUUUACAAUAAAACUCGUUAUGCAGGAUUAGAGACACAUAUAACAAAUUCAUAUUGCAAUUCAUUAUUACAAGUUUUAUUUUUCACCCCGGCUCUUUGUUUAAUAACUAAAUCUCAUAUUGGUUCCUCUUGUUCAAAAGAAAAUUGUCUUUGUUGUGAACUUGGAUUUUUGUUUCGUAUGUUGGAAGAUGCUGUAGGAAGAAAUUGUCAAGCUUCUAAUUUUUUGAAAGCUUUCAGUACAAUCCCACAAGCGUUAGCUCUCGAUCUAUUUGAACCGGAUAAGCCCGACGAAAAGUUUCCGUAUUCAGUGCUUAUUCAGAAUUUUAAUCGUUUCAUCCUUGAACAACUUCAUCAGGAAUGUAAUUCUGAUAAUAAUCCUCGAUUAUUAAAAUCUUUGCCUUUGGAUAAAACAUCUCUUUCGAUGAUUCAACAAUUACUCGGAAUGCAAAUGAUUUCGGUUAAUAAAUGUCAAUGUGGAACGGAAACUGAACGCAAUAUCACUUCAUUCGUUGUUGAUUUAAAUUAUUCUUCAAAAAAUUCAAAGGAUAAACACACUACAUCAAGAUCUUUUGUAGACGUUUUACGGUCAAGUAUUAGACGUGAAACCCAGCCGAAAGCAUGGUGCGAUAAUUGUCAACAAUAUACUCCUAUGAUUGCUAAAAAGAUACCAAAGAGUCUACCUCCUGUUAUGACUGUUAAUUGCGGUUUUGGAACAUCAGUUCCACUGGAUUAUUGGAGAUCCCUUGAUAGGAACAAACCUUGGGUGCAAAAAAGGAUUUAUAUGAGACUAGAACAGGAUGAUUUAAUUGUAAAAGAACUAGCAUCAGAUGCGGUUGUUGAUACUAGUUAUACAGGCAAUUUUAAUAGUGCAAAUUAUGAAAUAAUGGCCAUUAUUGCUCAAAUUAGGAUUGAUAAAGAAACACCGCAUUUGCCAGGAAGUAAAGGCCCUUGGUAUUUGUUUAAUGACUUUUUAGUAAGAAAUGUGACAGAGCAAGAAGUAUUUAAUUUUCAAGGAUUAUGGAAAACACCAGUCGUUUUAUACUAUUCAAGAAUUGAUAUUAAUGAUUUGAUAGAUAUAAGUGUCUUACCUUCUGAAAUUGAUAAAUCUAUACUAUUUAAAGAUAUUUCUAUAUCAAAGCAUCGAUUAACAAAUAAGAAAACAGCACAUUUACUAACCCCGGAGGAAUUGCCACAGCCUGGAACAUUAGUCGCAAUUGACGCUGAGUUUGUUGUUUUAAACCAGGAGGAAACAGAAAUUAGAAGUGAUGGAACAAAAUCGGUUAUUAGACCAAGUCGUCUAAGUUUGGCUCGUGUUAGCGUUUUACGUGGUGAGGGACCAAAAGAAAGUAUACCAUUUAUUGACGAUUAUAUAGCAACAUCAGAACCCGUUGUUGAUUACUUAACUGAAUUUUCUGGGAUUGAAGCCGGUGAUUUGGAUAUUUCAAAUUCUAAACAUACAUUAGUUCCUCUCAAGGUUGCUUAUAAAAAAUUACGAUUACUUCUUGAUUUUGGUUGUGUCUUUGUUGGUCACGGAUUAAAAAAAGAUUUUCGCAUAAUAAAUAUAUUAGUUCCUCCAGAACAAGUAAUUGAUACAGUUGAUCUAUUUCAUUCAAAGAAUCGUGCAAGAAAAAUAUCGCUUCGAUUUUUGGCUUGGUAUUUAUUACGACAAGAUAUACAAACAGAGACACAUGAUAGUAUUGAAGAUGCUCGAACAGCAUUAGCAAUCUAUAAAAAAUAUUUACAAUUUAAAUCUGAAAAUAUAUUUGAAGAAGUGUUAGAAGAUAUUUAUAACGAAGCUAGUAACACUCGUAGGCAUAUAACGUAUAUGAAAAACUUUUCCGCAAGAAUUGCAGAAUUGGGAAAUGAAGGAGCUCGUAGCAAUUUUGCGAGAGCAAAAGAAAAACUUGAAAUUUUUAUUUGUGAAGCAAAACCU